AUGCAUAUAACAAACGAGACGAAUGGUGAUGAUACUAAUCGAGAUCAAAUUCGAUUUUCUGACUUGUAUGAUUUGUAUGAAAUUAUUGGAAAAGGUCCAUUUAGCGUUGUUCGACGAUGUAUAAAUAAACAAACUGAUAAACAGUAUGCAGUUAAAAUUAUUGACGUUGAGCAUUUUAUAUCGACACCCGGAUUUUCAGCUGAUGAUUUGAGACGUGAAGCAAGUAUUUGUACAAGUCUCAAACAUGCUCAUAUUGUUGAAUUGCAUGAAACAUUUGAGUCAGAAGGAUGUUUAUUUAUGGUUUUCGAAUACAUGGAUGGAGCCGACUUGUGUUUUGAAAUAGAAAAGCGUGCAAUUGCUGGUUUUGUUUAUAGCGAAGCUGUAGCUAGUCAUUAUAUGCGACAAGUAUUUGAAGCUGUUCGAUAUAUUCAUGAUCAUUCUAUAAUUCACCGUGAUUUAAAACCACAUUGUGUUCUACUAUCGUCAAAAGAAAAUGCAGCACCAGUUAAAUUAGGAGGAUUUGGAGUAGCAAUUCAAUUACCGGAAUGUGGAUACAUCAACGCAGGACGCAUUGGCACGCCAGCUUUUAUGGCACCUGAGGUAGUUAAUCGUGAAUCUGGUUUUGGUAAACCUGUGGAUAUGUGGUCAUGUGGUGUCAUGCUAUACGUGCUAUUAACUGGUAGUUUACCAUUUGCUGGCACAAGAAAUAGAGUAUUUGAGAUGAUAUCAAAAGGUGUUUAUAGUAUGGAAAAUCAUCAAUGGGAACAAAUAAGUGAUUCAGCCAAAGAUUUAGUGACUCAUCUUUUAUGUUUAAAUCCAAAUGAUAGAAUGACAAUUAAAGAUGCACUUGCUCAUCCGUGGAUUCGAGAACGUGAAAAAUUUGCAUCUAGAAAACAUUUGGCUGAUACUGUUGAUGAACUGAGAAAAUUUAAUGCAAGAAGAAAAUUAAAGGGAGCUGUACUCGCCGCUGUUUCUAGUCCUCGUUGGUCUCAAAUAAAUUCAAUGAUAAACGGUUCUCUUUCACCUGAAUAUGACGAUAUGGCAUCAGCAGCACUAUUGUUUCAAGAUGAUUUAAGAAUAUUUUUAUUUUUUCUAGCUGUCUCUCAAAUAUUGGAUAGUCUAGAAGAUACUCAAUGGUUGACAAUUGGUGAUCGUGUUGAGUUAGAUUUUUUACAAAAAUUAUUUGAAGAUAAACAAUUACAAAGUUUAUUAGAGCUCUAUGAUCGUAUUAAUUCUGAUGAUAUUCGUCCAUAUGCCUGUCCUGAACCGAACGCUGUUUUUGCCACUAAUGAAAUUUUACAAUUAUUAGAAGAAUACUCAAAACAACAUGAAUAUAAAGAAUUAUUAUCCAUAUUAUUGAAACCCCAUUUUCAGAACAAUAAUGUGAAGAAGAAAAUAACAGAAGAAGAAGACCUGAGUCAAGUUCAAUCACUUCAAUACAACAUCCAUAUGGCGUUAUUACAAGCUCAUGAUGUAGUUGCUCAAGAAGUGUAUGGUGAUGAAGCAAUUCGUGUAACUCCGCCUCUAGGAGGAAAUUCUCAAUUUAAUGAUGGUUCAGAGGAUUUAAAUGGAACAGGAGUUGUCGACACACAAGGUGAUUUGGCAUGUGAUGUAACACGUGUUAGACUCGUCCAGUUUCAACGCAAUACAGACGAACCGAUGGGUAUAACAUUACGAAUGACUGAAACUAAACGUUGUUUAGUGGCUCGUAUAAUGCAUGGUGGCAUGAUUCAUCGUCAAGGAACAUUGCAUGUGGGUGAUGAAAUUAAAGAAAUUAAUUCUAAACCUGUAUCUGAUCAUCCCAUUCAAUAUUUACAACAAAUGCUGGUAUGUUGGCUGUUUGAUAUUGUCUUUUUUUUUGUUGUCUUUUAUAUUGUUUAUCCAUACCUGCUUGUUGCCAUCAUUCGUGUUUCUCAAAUUUAGUCUUUGGAGUGUAAUUCAAAAUAGAAAAUAUGUGGUGAGAGAAUAAUGACGAAAAAAAUUAAAGCUUGCACAUAUGCUUAUUUAUGGCUUUUGCUUACUAUUGUUUGCAAUAUUACAUUUGUUUUUAAAAAAAUAACAUCUUUGCUACUAAAACAAUGUUAAUUGCCAUUUACAGCUGUUUCACCAAGAUUGUUAGUUCUCACUUAAAGAACAGAGGCUUAUAAGGGUGAACAUUUUUUCUUGUUUUGAACAAGAGUCAUAUAUUCGAAAUCAGCGUGAAAUUCUACGUCGAAUGAGACAUAUGACACAUUGGAAAAGCUAUUUUUAACUUUUCGGGAAAUUUCUAGCCGUAUCCCACCUCUGGAACAUCGAAAACAUUUUUACUCGGAAUUUUCCUAAAGAUACUUUAUUCGAUGCAGAAU